CAUCAACAUGCUUGUCAUGUACAUUUCUGGUGUCUUUUGAGGCUGUGUAGAAAGAGUAAUUGCACCUAGUGUAUUUGCCCAGUGGAAUUUUAGUUAUGUCUCACUCAGCGCAAACCAACCCGAUGCCCACCGCACCGGACUCGCCUGCCUUGGGUGUCACGGUCAGCGGAAAUGUACAGAAAUACAGCAUAAAGAAGAAAAAAGUCCUAAACGCAGAAGAGACUGAACUCUUUGAGCUCACACAAGCCGCGGGUAUUGUCAUGGAUCAGGAGGUCUUUAAGAUCAUAGUGGAUCUUUUGAAGAUGAACGUUGCUCCGCUAGCCGUCUUCCAGACCUUAAAGGCAAUGUGUGCGGGCCAAAGGAUCACAGACACAUCCACUGGUGACACUUCUACUGCAUCUCACUCCACCACAGCCCCCACUGAAUCCAAAGAGGAUGACUCUGUAGUUACUGGAAAGAGCACUAAAAAUCCCACCCCACACCCUACCCCAUCCACUCCCGCUGCACGCCCUGCCAGGGGAGGGGCUAAGAUAGUGGUCUACGGCACAUCUGACACGAGUUCUCCACUCUCUCAAGUGCGCAGUAAAGGGGGGACAGGACAUGGGGAGAAGUCCGGCCGGGAUGGCUCCAGCCAGCGGGUCCCACGACAGACUAGUGCCACCAGGGGGCAGAAGAGUGCCAAGAGUUCUGGCAGUAGCAGCUCAUCCUCCCAGCUUACCUCCAGUUAAACCUGUAAAUAAACAGAGCCUGCAGAGCAAACUCUGCAACAAUGUAUUUACACUUUAACAACUGAUCGAGGGUUAUGAUUAAGAGGAAUAAUUUGUCCCCGGAUCAGCAAUGCACUCAAAACCUAUUUUAAACUGCACUUUGGUGAAGUCUGGUGCAGGCCAGUGUUGACGAGCAAGAAAAUGGUCUACUUCAUCCCUAAAAUACAUCUCCAUCCUGAGAAGACUUGUCCUUUUAUUGUUUUCUUCUCCUGGUCUUCUGAUGGCUUCUGAAGAGGGAUCCAUUCAUCAGUGAAUUACUGAUUUUUGUGUGUUGAAUAAUUUAAAAAGGGGGGGGGGUGUCCAGCAACCUUUGUCUCUUCCUGUUUCAGAGUUCUGCCUGUUUAAGUGCUUAUAUGAAAGAUUUCAGCAGUGCACAGUAAUUGCUUGAGGAGUCCAGGAGAAGUCAGCAUUUCUGGAUUGGGAGAGCAGACUUUUCAGAUGUGUGUAGAAGUGUUCUGUAGAUGGAUCUGUCUGUACAGAACUUUAACAAAAACCCAUCUCUGUAUUAACCAAAACUGUCACCCCAAGAGCCUUUACCUUGUUUUAGAAGAUAGAUGUCUCAGUGUCCAGGAAUUUCCAUUCUUUUUUUGAUGAUGUGAUCAACAUUUAUGAUUAUGGUGUUGUGGUUUUAUCAUCAGGACAAAUGAAUUCUGUCAGACUUUUCCAUCCUGCUUUGUUUAAAUGAACUUCCACUGUAAAUAGUGAAAAGUGUAUUGUUUGUUUUUGCAAAAUUGUCGAACGGACAUUGCAAAGCAUUGCAAUUCUACACCACGGCAUUGUGUGUGAUAUGCAUUAUAUAAGCCAAGCUUAUGUAAACAGGGUCCGCCUUAUGUCAGCAUUUUUGUGAGCAAAAUAAAGUUCCUAAAAGU